GCCUACAAAUCGACACGGACUGACGAGGACGCCGGGCUUGUUUUUAUCGACCUCGUGGUUGGAAUGAAAUUGAGUUACACUGCUUGUUGUUAGCUCCAAUUUUUAUUUGCAUUUGUUUGUACUAUCCUAAAGCAAGAUGCUGGUUUUAUACGAGACUUCAGCGGGCUAUGCUAUUUUCAAGCUCUUAGACGAAAAGAAACUGCAGGCGACAGACAAUUUAUUUAAAGAUUUUGAAACUCCAGCAAAAGCAAAUAAAAUUCUAAAACUCAAGCAAUUUUCCAAGUUCACUGACACGACUGACGCUCUCGCAGCCACAACUGCUGCGGUUGAGGGAAAAGUGUCCAAACAGUUAAAGAAGGUCCUGAAGAAGCUGGUGUUGCCAGAUGUGCAGGAGAAGCUUUUGGUGGCGGAUGCCAAGUUGGGCGGUGCCAUCAAAGAAAAAUUCAACUUUUCCUGCCUGACCAACAGCAACGUGCAAGAGCUGAUGCGAUGUAUCAGGUCGCAAAUCAACGGCCUUCUGGGAGACCUUCCCGAGAAAGAAAUGACCGCCAUGGCUCUUGGUCUGGCGCAUAGCCUCUCUAGAUACAAGCUCAAGUUCAGUCCUGACAAAGUGGACACGAUGAUCAUCCAAGCUGUUUCCCUCCUUGAUGACCUUGACAAGGAGCUGAAUAACUACAUCAUGAGGUGCCGUGAAUGGUAUGGCUGGCACUUCCCAGAGCUCAGCAAGCUGGUCACAGACAACACAGCUUACAUCAAAAUCGUCCAGCAAGUUGGCACAAGGGAAAAGAUGAUCAAAUCAGAUUUGUCAGAAAUCAUUCCAGAGGAAAUGGAAGCUCUGGUGAAGGAGGCAGCGGAAAUCUCGAUGGGAACAGAAAUUUCUGAUGAAGAUAUUGAUAACAUUCAAAUGUUAUGUAUUGAGAUCCUGGCGAUGAUCACGCACAGAACCUCCCUGUUUGAAUAUUUGAAGAGUCGUAUGAUGGUCAUUGCUCCAAACCUUUCCAUCAUGGUCGGAGAACUGAUUGGCGCUAGGCUCAUCUCACGAGCUGGAUCUUUGGUGAACCUGUCUAAGUUCCCCGCCUCCACGGUGCAACUGCUUGGUUCAGAAAAGGCCCUCUUCAGAGCUCUCAAGACCAAGAGAGACACUCCGAAAUACGGCCUCAUUUACCACGCUACCUUGGUCGGACAGGCCAGCACAAAGAAUAAGGGCAAAGCUGCCAGGAUGCUGGCCGCAAAGGCCUCUUUGGCCUGCAGAGUGGACGCCCUUGGAGAGGACGGCAACGUUGAUCUAGGUGCUGAGCACAAAGCAAAACUCGCCUCUAGGAUGCGCAUUUUAGAAGAAGGAAAUCAGAGGAGGAUCUCCAGCGGAGGGAAAGGUUCUGCCAAAAAGCACGAAAAGUUUCAGUUCAAGAGCGAAGUGGCGCAGUACGAGCCUGAGAUGGACUCAACCUUGCCUGUCAAAAAGAAGAAGAAGAAGAGGUCUCUAGUUGAAGAGGAUGGAGAGUCUUCAUCUCCAGCUGCAAAGAAACUCAAGGUUGAAGUGAAAGAAGAGGAAGCUCAGGAAGCUGUUGCAGAACCUACCUCCGAAAAGAAAAAAAAGAAGAGGAAGAGAACGAUGGAAGUCGAAGAAACCGCUGCAGCUGAACCUGAGGAGCCUGUCAGUGCAAAGAAGAAAAAGAAGAAGUCCAUGCAGCCUGAGGAAGUGGAGGAGGUUGUGGUUGCCGAGGCUAAAGCUGAACCCACCAGCGAAAAGAAAAAGAAAAAGAAGAAGUCCAAAGUAGCGGAUGAAUAAAUUUGUGCUUAAUUGCAAAUGGAUGACUUGUAUAUUUUAUAUUUUUCUUUCUCUGGCUCUGUUUCAGGCAACCUUACCCAUAAUAUUAUUUUCUUCAGACAAAUUUGCAAUUUCGGUCGGUUAAUGAUCAAAUAAAAGGCAUUGAUCUACAAGGAGAA